ACCCCAUAACCACACUUUUGAGGGGGAGAAACGCCUUUAUUUGGGGAUCCAUUGAAUGUUGUGGGGCGCUGUGGGGCACAGCGCUCUAUGGGGCAGCCCCACACGUCGCUAUGGGGCACAGCACGCUAUGGGGCAGCCCCACACGUCGCUAUGGGGCAGAGUGCUCUAUGGGGUGGCCCCACACAUCGCUAUGGGGCACAGCACGCUAUGGGGCAGCCCCACACGUUGCUAUGGGGCACAGCGCUCUAUGGGGCAGAGCACGCUGUGGGGCACAGCACGCUAUGGGGCAGCCCCACACGUCGCUGUGGGGCACAGCGCUCUAUGGGGCAGAGCACUCUAUGGGGCAGCGCCACACGUUGCUAUGGGGCAGAGCACGCUAUGGGGCAGCCCCACACGUGGCUAUGGGGCACAGCGCUCUAUGGGGCAGCCCCACACGUCGCUAUGGGGCACAGCACGCUAUGGGGCAGAGCACUCUAUGGGGCACAGCACUCUACGGGGCAGCCCCACGCAUCGCUAUUGGGCAGAGCACACUAUGGGGCAGCCCCACACGUUGCUAUGGGGCACAGCACGCUAUGGGGCAGCCCCACACGUCGCUAUGGGGCACAGUGCUCUAUGGGGCAGCCCCAUAUGUCACUAUGGGGCACAGUGCUCUAUGGGGCAGCCCCACACAUCUCUAUAGGGCACAGCACCCUAUGGGGCAGCCCCACACAUCGCUUUGGGGCACAGCACUCUAUGGGGCAGCCCCACACGUCACUAUGGGGCAGAGCACGCUAUGGGGCAGCCCCACACGUCGCUAUGGGGCAGAGCACGCUAUGGGGCAGCCCCACACGUCGCUAUGGGGCAGAGCACUCCAUGGGGCAGUCCCACACGUCGCUAUGGGGCAGAGCACUCCAUGGGGCAGUCCCACACGUCGCUAUGGGGCAGAGCACUCCAUGGGGCAGUCCCACACAUCGCUAUGGGGCACAGCGCUCUAUGGGGCACUCUAUGGGGCAGCCCCGCACAUCGCUAUGGGGCAGGGCACGCUAUGGGGCAGCCCCACACGUCGCUAUGGGGCAGAGCACUCCAUGGGGCAGUCCCACACGUCGCUAUGGGGCACUCUAUGGGGCAGCCCCACAUGUCGCUGUGGAGCACAGCACGCUAUGGGGCAGCCCCACACAUCGCUAUGGGGCAGAGCACCCUAUGGGGCAGUGCCACACAUCGCUAUGGGGCAGCCCCACACCUCUCGUCUUCGUUGCCGUCCAUUGGCAGACCCUACAAAGAGAAAGCAGAGCUGUGAGCCCCCACCCCACAGACCCCAUUUGGGGGGGGUCCUCACCCCCCCCCACGGCCCUAUGGGGGUCCCUAUGGGGGGGGCUGCAACCCCAUAUCUCUAUAUGGGAUUGUAA